UCUUUAAAAGGCUGUGUGUGUUUUGUGGUGCUUCAUUUCUGCUGAGGUCAUGAUGGAGGGAGUCACAAUACGAGUCGGCCUUCUUGGACUGCUGCUGGCCUGCGUUACCACAGCAAUGACCAAUAAGAACAGGGACUGGGACAUCUACAGCUUUCACGUCAACUCCACAGUGACCAGUCGCUAUGCGACCACUAUUAUCACCAGUCGUGUGGCCAAUCGGAUCAACCAGUUACAGGAAAUAGAAUUCCAUGUCAAAAUUCCCAAGACGGCCUUCAUCAGUAAAUUCAAAAUGACCAUUGAGGGGCAGACGUACGAUGGGGUUGUGAAACAGAAGGAGGAUGCUCAGCAGCAGUACACUCAGGCAGUGUCUCGUGGCCAAAGCGCUGGCAUAGUCAGUUCUGUGGGGAGGACCCUUGAGGAGUUUAAGACGUCUGUGACUGUGGCCGCGCUCAGUAAGGUGACCUUUGAACUGACCUAUGAGGAGCUGCUGAAACGCCGACUGGGCAAGUACGAAUUACUGAUCCACGCUCGACCCAUGCAGCCUGUCGCUGACUUCAAGAUUGACGUGUACAUCAAUGAGCGACCAGGCAUUAACUUCCUGGAGAUAAAAGGAGGGCUGAGCACCAAAGAGCUGGCUAAUGCCAUCACCAAAACACACGCUUCUAGUGAGGCCUGGGUACAUUUCUACCCAAGCAAGGAGCAGCAGAGUCAGUGUGACAGCUGUGGAGAACAGGGUCUGAACGGAGACCUGGUCAUUGUCUAUGACGUCCACAGGAAGACAUCCAUGGGAGAGCUCAAGGAGUCAAAGGGGUAUUUUGUCCAUCACUUUGCUCCCAGUGACCUACCACGCAUACCAAAGAAUGUAGUGUUCAUCAUCGAUCAGAGUGGCUCCAUGCAUGGCAGGAAAAUGGAGCAGACCCGUGAGGCCUUGUUGAAGAUCCUGGUAGACCUGGUGGAGGACGACCACUUUGGCCUGAUCACCUUCGACUACACUGUGUCUACCUGGAAGAAGGAGCUGCUGCCGGCCAACCAGGAAAACCUGGAGGCUGCCAAGAGCUUUGCACGACACAUUCGCGACAGAGGAGCCACCGACAUCAAUGCUGCUGUGUUGGAGGGCACAGCCAUGCUAAACCGAAACCCACGAGAGGGCUCAGCCUCCCUCCUUAUACUACUCACUGAUGGAGACCCAACCACAGGUGAGACCAACCUGGAAAAGAUCCACAAGAAUGUAAAGGAAGCCAUUGGUAAGAAAUUCCCGCUCUACUGUCUCGGUUUUGGAAUGGAUGUCAACUUUGAGUUCCUGGAAAAGAUGGCACUGGAGAACAGCGGUGUGGGACGCAGAAUAUAUGAGGAUUCUGAUGCUGCUCUGCAGCUGCAGGGCUUUUAUGAAGAGGUGGCCACACCCCUAUUGACGGACGUGCAGAUGGUGUAUGUGGGUGGGGCUAACCUGACCCAGACCAACUUCAGCCAGUACUACAACGGCUCCGAAAUCGUGGUGUCUGGCCAGAUCACCGACAACAACAUAGAGACAUUCACUGCAGAGGUCAUAGCCAUAUCGAAAAGCAAUAGGGUGAUGUACUCUGAGACAAUACCAACGGACGAGCCCAUUGAAGCCAGGCCUGAUAGCCACAUCCAAAGGCUGUGGGCCUACCUCACUGUGAAGCAGCUACUGGACAAAGAGGUGCAGUCAAGCGGGAAGGCGAAGGAGAAGGUGAAGAAAGAGGCCCUGGACCUUUGUCUGAAGUACGGCUUUGUGACUCCUCUCACCUCGAUGGUGGUCACCAAGCCCCAGGGAGAAACCUCACAGGUGGCCCACAAGCCAAAGGAGGGAGAGAAGCCCUCAGGAACCAGGCAAGGCUUCUCUGGGUGGAGUUUCCAGUUCAUGAGUGGCCAAGCCGGAUACCCCGGACAAGCUCAGGCAAUGGGAGGAAGAAGAGGAGGAGGUGGAGUAGGAGGAGGUGGAUCAGGAGGAGGAGGAGGAGGUGGAGUAGGAGUAGGAGGAGGUGGAUCAGGAGGAGGAGGAGGAGGUGGAGUAGGAGGAGGUGGAUCAGGAGGAGGAGGAGGAGGUGGAGUAGGAGGAGCAGGGGGGGGAGCAGGCGUUGCGGGACGAGGAAGAGGCUUGCUGCUUUCUGCUGCGGAAGAUUCAUAUUCUGCCUAUAUAAUGGAGAAACAUCAACCAUCUCACUCAACUAAAACUACAACUAGAGCUACACCUACAACUGUGAGUCCUCCCCUGAGGUUCCUGUUGCCAGCUGAGGGUCAGGCCCUGCCACUGUGCUAUGACAUCCCUGUGGCUCUCUCGCUCAGACUCCUAAAGGACCCCAACAAUGAGUUGUCUAUGAACGGUCAGCUUGGACAAUCAGCCAGCGCAGGCUACCAGAAGAUUGUGAUCCACUACAAAAACAAUCAACAUAUUGAGUUAGACACCACUGUCAUCACCUUCAACAAUGGACAGGAUGCAACAUAUUUCUCCUGGAGCCUGAACAUCAAUCACAAAACAGACAGUGUGUCUCUGAUCCUACGGGACAAGGAGGUGGACAUCACCAUAGGGUCAACACAGAUCAUCAUCAUGCUCUAUGAGAGGAAUGGAAUUCAGUUCCUGUGGCCCGCGCUGAGGCAGCGCCCAACGGGAGGCAAUAUUAUGGGGAUCGUGGCCCGUCCACCUGUUGCCUAUGAAGAGGUCCAGGGGACAACAAUGAAACUGAAGAUUCAGGACAAAGAAGUAGAAGUCUCCAGGGACUCUGCUGUGGAUCUCAGCGUUCGCUCUGCCCCCACCGUGGCAUGCUGGUUGCUGCCUCUUCAGUCUGCCCUACAGGGGGAGCUAGCUGACUUCACCGUCACACAACUCUAACUGACCAUGUAGUUGCUCCCAUCACCAACUAAUCAACACUAUACAUACAGUAAUUCUGUUCUAGAAUUAAGAAGAGAAACAAUAAAGCCUGAGGUUUCUUUAUAGAGUCCAACGAGUUCACAUAAUAACACAGCUAAAUUCUCCUGUAACAUAUUCAUUGUUGAAUAAAUGUAUCAUUUUUUGAACAGUGACAACUUUUGUGUUGCAUUCCACACUCUUCAAUAAAUAAUGUAUUUGUGA